UUGUUUACAUUGGUGGCACGCGGGUCAGGAGUUUGACUGCUGCUGGCGGGCCUAGCGGUCGAAGUGCCUGCCUGCCUUUCACAACCUCACUGACGCAGGAGCGGCAGCGGCAGCGGCAGCACUUUCUCUGCCGUCCCCCACAAAACCCCCCUCAAAAAAACUUUUCAGCGUUUCGGCAACGCAGCAAGAGGCCCUGUCAAGGCGACUCCCCCACUCGUGCCCUUCGACAGGAAAGGGAAAGUCCGAAAGGAGACGAGCACCGUAACAAUCAGUGGCGUGUCAGCGCGUGAAGAAGGAAUAGCUUAGCAACAGAGUCCUGCUUCCUGACAGGGGAGAAACGGAUUCAAGGCCUUAACACCAUGGAUAUGGACACUCAACCACAAGGACAGCAAGCAGCCGUGCCAGUCUUUCAGCCACAGAAACCUUUGCAGCCAGACAUGGGCCACAAUUCGCUUGCUAACUUCCAGAUUGAGAAGAAAAUAGGCCGGGGACAAUUCAGUGAGGUUUACCGGGCAAGGUAUCUGCUAGACAACACAUCUGUGGCCCUGAAGAAAGUCCAGAUAUUUGACUUGAUGGAUGCCAAAGCUCGGCAGGAUUGCAUCAAAGAGAUAGAUCUCCUUAAGCAACUGAACCAUCCAAAUGUGAUAAAGUAUCAUGCAUCUUUUAUUGAGGACAAUGAGCUAAACAUAGUACUGGAGCUAGCUGAUGCCGGAGACCUCUCACGUAUGAUCAAGCACUUUAAGAAGCAGAGGAGGCUAAUCCCGGAAAGAACUGUGUGGAAGUACUUUGUCCAGCUUUGCAGCGCACUUGAGCAUAUGCACUCCCGGAGAGUCAUGCACAGAGAUAUCAAGCCAGCCAAUGUAUUCAUCACAGCUACAGGAGUAGUGAAGCUAGGAGAUCUGGGACUGGGGCGGUUCUUCAGCUCCAAAACCACGGCCGCUCACUCUCUAGUGGGUACUCCAUACUACAUGUCACCGGAGAGGAUACAUGAAAACGGAUACAACUUCAAAUCGGACAUCUGGUCACUAGGAUGCCUGCUCUACGAGAUGGCAGCCCUACAGAGUCCAUUCUAUGGCGAUAAGAUGAACCUCUACUCCCUUUGUAAGAAGAUAGAGCAGUGCGACUACCCUCCGCUUCCAUCAGAUCAUUACUCAGAGGAACUGAGGAAUUUGGUAGAUAUGUGCAUCAACCCCGACCCGGAGAAGAGGCCAGACAUCACCUACGUGUACGACAUCGCCAAACACAUGCAGAACCUGACGCAGGGCAGCUAAGCCCGGAAUUACACAAACUAUAGCUUGUAAAACACAUCCCUUCUCAAUUUCCAUGCUGGACGUGUACACAUCUAUCUGCUUCUAUGCAAUUACUUAGUCCAGUGCUCAUUGUGAUAAGCGGGACAGCAUUUAUAACAUGGUUUUUGGAGGAUGUAAACAUGACUGGCAGCCUAAACCCUUUCUGCGCAAGGUAAACAGCAUGCUGAAAUGAAACCCCCCUCAAAUCUGUCUCUUGUACAACCCUGUUCAUAUUGUAGCUUCGAUUUUUUUUUUCUUCAUGAAGAUGCCCAAGUGUUUUACAAGCAAUAUUUUCACUCUUAAGUUACGCAAUUAUCACAAAUGCCGUAAAGUUUGACAGGAGCGAUAAAGUGAAUAUUUGACGAAAGAGGAUCAUACACAAUGAUUCCCAUAAGUGAGCGAUGUAAUAAUAAGACGGUUUGGAUGGAAGUGUUGUACUUUUUACAGCGGUACUGGAGGCCCGGCACGGUGGUUAUGUACAGCGUUUGGAAAGCAAGGUUGGUUCAGAGGGUCGACUGCAGGCGGCAAAACACGGGCAAAUGUUUUCCCAACAUUUUGAAUGGUUGUCACUCUGACGCUCACGCAUCGAGUUUCAAGAAUCGGCCUGGAGAAGGAGUAAUAGAAACUAUGACGAGAGAAAAA